AUGUCUGCAUCGAUGGCCAUCACGACUCAGGCUACGCCAUCUCCCAUUCCCUCCAAAGGAGGUUCCCCAGACAACACUCGAUCGCAGGCCGAGAAAACAGCAGCCUAUGUGCUGUCUGCCUGCGCUCUGACCUUGUUCCUCUUCAUCGCCUCUCAAUGGUUUCCAGUUUGCUGGGCAAAGCUCAAGAGGCCACGCAGCGCACCGGAUGACAUCGGACUGGAACUUGGGACUCUAGACCCUCUACAGUCGCAGGCACAGCCUGGCGGACCUGUUUCUCCCAAGAAGCCGCCGCCGGCCCAUGUUGCUAGGGGACACACGGCCCGUCCUCCUACGCCAGAGCCGCGGCCACGGCCGCAUCUGCAACAGCCUAGCCAGGCCACGCCUGGACACUCGUCCGGGCCAACAGGCGGGUACAUGGGCGACCCGUGUUUCUGCUGUGCCUUUUAA